AUGGAGGCCGAGAACUACAUACAGGCAGUCGACCUCUAUCACAUGGGAAAGCAAGGGGACCAGAAAAGGUCCGAGAAAAAGGAGGGUCGUUCACAGAAAGCGGCCCCCAAGGAAGAGAAAAAGAGAAAAGAUGUUUGGAUGGCCGACUCUGCUAGUCAGCCGCCCAGUAAGAAGAGAAAAGAAUUCACUCCACACUCCCCCAAGUAUGAGUUCAACAGAGAUAAUCAUACCAUUUUCAAAGUAGUUAAGAGCCGACUCUCACUUGAGAAGCCGACACCUAUGAAGGGUGAUCCUAGCAAGCGCAACCAAGGAAAGCAUUGCCAUUUUCAUGAUGACGUUGGGCAUGAGACCAACGAAUGCAUUCGCCUCAAGCGUCUGCUAGAUCAGUUAGCUGAAAAGGGCGGCUAUGCAGGGGGAGGCCUGACUGUUCGGGGAAACAAGGAUAACAUCAGGCAAUUGGAUGUUAACUCUGUAAAUCGGGGUGAGACCUCUGGUACCUUGUUUCUUGAGGUUGUUAUUUCUGAGAAAGAUUCUGGUGGCGUCCGACGGCCGCAUGACGACCCGAUUGUCAUCGAGUGUAAAGUGGCCAACCAAAGAGUUGGCAGGAUACUUAUUGAUACAGGGAGUUCGUCGGACCUCAUCAGCCAUAAGUGCUUGACCAAGCUCAAGUACAGGCCUGAGAAUAUGCAGCCUGUCUCCCAUCCUCUCGUAGGAUUUGGAGGGGGAGUCGUCCAUUCGAUUGGUCAAGUUGACUUGCCCGUCCGUCUAGGUGAGAGAGGCGAGGGCCGCCACAUGGUCAUUCGUUUCCUGGUGGUAGAAGAACUUACUGCCUACAACAUGAUACUUGGGCGCCCCACCCUUAAUGACUCUAAAGCAGUUAUCAUUCCAUCCCUUAUGUUGCUUAAGUUUGAGAGGGACGACAAAACAGUCGGCUCCAUAAGGGGGGACCAGAGAAUGGCCAGAGAAUGUUACCUCACUGACAUCAAAACAACGGUAACUUCAGACGGCCCAACUCACAAAGCCAUAGAAGACGCGUCUUCCCAAGAGGCAGGCGGCAUGAAGAGAAAAGCCUUUGAGGCAGAGGUCCAGAAAAAGCAUAAGCAAUAG